AUGCCGCCGCGUCCUCCCCGGGACGAGUGGGUCCGUCCCCGGGGAGCGCCGCUUCCACCGCCGGACCCGCGGGCGCCGCCGCCGCCGUGGCUCCUUCCGAGGCCGCCGCCGCGGACGCCGCCUCCGCCGAUGCCGCCAUCGGAAUCCGGGAUCCCCCCGCCGGGGCUCCUAACGUGGGACAACGUCGUCCCGUGGCCGCCGUCUCGCGAGGAAGCGCGCGCGACCGCGGACGCGUCCGUCCCCGGCGGGCUCGUGUUGUGGCACCGGGACAGGGACAGCCUCCCCGGGGACGAGGAGGAGGAGGACGACGAGGACGACGAGGCGUUCGACGAGGACGAGGACGAGGACGAGACCGCCGCGGCGUUCGAGCUCGACGCGGCGUGGAUCGAGCGCUUCGCGAAGACCGAGGUCGCGCGCCGCGCGAGAGACGCGGAGCGACGACGGAGCGCGAGGCGCGCGACGCGGCCGAAGACGCGCGCGGCGCUCGUCGCGGAGGCGAAGGUGACCGAGACGCUCGCGAAGAGAAGAGCCGCCGAGCGCGGAGAGAAGCGCGGGGGCGGGGACGAUGUCCCCGCGGACGACGCGGACGCGAUGUACGGCGAGAGCGGCGCGAGGGACGUCGCGGAGCUCGAGGCGAGGUUGAACGCGACGUUCGACGCGAUCGUGGACGCGUCGCGGCCGCCGUUUUGGCCGUGCGAGCCGCUGCGGUGA